UCUUCAUCUACCCGUCCCGGUCGCUUUGACAGAGAAGAAUAGGAAUUUUAUUGUACUGAAUUUGUUGUUGGUUGGCGAAGGUGAAAUUUUUAUGUUUUGUUUUUGGCGUAUGCUUUAAUUCCGUAUAAAUCUACUUAUGUUUCAUUGAUUGUUUUGGUUUGAGAAACCCACGUGUUGUAGAAAAGAUUGGAAAUGGUUGUGUUCACAUGUGGACAUUGCGGAGAGUCUGUCCAGAAGCCGAAAGUUGAGAAACAUUACCUUACAAAAUGUAGAAACCGCAACCCCAAUUUGUCUUGUAUGGAUUGUUUCAAGGAUUUUCUGGGCAAAGACUAUGAGAACCAUACAAAAUGCAUCACUGAGGAAGAGCGUUAUUCUGGAAAAGGUUUCAUGGCAAAGGAGAAGAAAGGCGAGAAGAAACAAAACACUUGGGUGGAGAUGUUGCAAUCUGUUCUUGACGAGCAAAAGGGUAUAGCUGGCAAUGUGCGCAGGAUUAUUGAGACUGUAAGCAAACAAAACAAUACUCCCCGCAAGAAGCCAAAAUUUGUAAAUUUUGUUAAGAAUGUUUGUGGACAUAAAACAAACCCAAAUGACAUCGAUCAGGCCUGGGACUUAAUAUCUGUUAAACUAUCAGAUUUGUCCAAUUCCAAUAAAAACCAAAACCAGAAAAAACAAAAUGGAAAUGCCAAUGGUGACACUAACGGUGAUGUUAAAGAUGAAAAGUGUAAUGGCGUAGCAGAAGCGGACACAACUACAGAAGUUAAAGAGGAAAAUGAUGAACAAGAAGAAAAUGGAGAUGCGAAGCCAUUGGAGGUAGAUGGCAAGAAACUAUCUAAAAAACAGAGAAAAGAAGAGAAGAAAAGACAGAAAUAUGAAGCAGAAUUACAAAGUGCUGUUGCUCCACCUGUUGAGGAAGAAGAGGAAGGUCAAUCAAAGAAGGAUAAGAAGAAGAAAAAGAAUAGGACUGAAUCCCAAAAUGGCAAUGCAGAUGAAAAUGUUGGGGAAAGCAAAGGAAAGAAGAAACGCAAGCGUCAAGACACUGCCAACAGUGUUACAGAGGUGAUUGAAAAUGGCAAUGAUAAUGUUGAAAAUGAGCCGGUUGUUAAAGAAAAAACUCAGAAGAAGAAACUCAAAGUUGGAGAAGUUGAGCCUCUAGAUGAGAGUGUUUGCCUUCACGACCAAAAUGUGGCUUUGACUGAGGAAGAGGUGCCCUUGAAAAAUGGUAAUUUUGAUUGGCAUGCUGUCAUCAUAUCAGUCCUUGAGAAGAAAGGCAACGAGGUUCCAUUCAAACGCUUGCAGAAGAAAGUUUUGUCUGAAUUCUCAGAAAUGACAGGCCAAGAUGUGGACGACAGGAUUGCUGAUAAAUUUAUUAAGAAAUUAAAGAGUGCGCCAAAUGUGAGGGUUGAUAAAAACAGGGUUCUUCUUGUGCAAUAAUUAUGACUGAGUCAAUGGGAUAUUGUGUUCCAGUUUCUUUAUUGAAGAGAUUGACAUAUUUUUUGUUUAACUGUCCAAAGUUGAUAUUCCUGCUCUGUAUUUUUUCUUUAAUUUGUGGUUUUUACUAAGUGGCUAAAGUAAAAAAAAAUCCCUCAGAAAACAAGUUGUUGCGUUAAUUCAUUUCAAGGUACAAAUAGAUUUAUAUGCCUGUGUUGUGUAAACAUUUUUUUUUGUUUAAUUCUAAAGAUCUCCAGUCAUAUAUCAAACUGUAAAGUUGUUUAAUUAGGAUGAAGACAUUUGAACUAACUUCAAGUUUUAUUUGUACAUCACUUGGUACAUUUUGCAGUGGAUGUACAGAGUGAAUAAAAUAAAUGUUAAAUAGCUACAUGUCUACAUCCUAACUUUACAUCUAUCCAGUUAAGAUUGCAUAAAAUGAUUUUUUAUUUGUAUUUUGUAUAAUUUCAUUACGUAACUGGCAUAAUAAUAUUGUCAUUCUAUAAAAUCUAUAAGCAAAUAGUGUUUUAUAUAGUCUAGGCCAGUGAACGAUUUUCAAUUUGAAUAAAUUGUUAUAAUCUUGUCUGUGUCUAUGAGGUGUUCGUAUAAAUAAAUUGUGUAUGUCCGUAA